AUGCCAGAGAAGCAGCCGGAAAAUCAGGCAGCAGCGCCUGCUCCCGUGGCCGUCUAUGACGCCGUACCGCAUACAGAGACGUCCGAGCCCAUCAAAUACAGAGCUGGUCCAAUAUGGUCUUUGAUCAAUGACUUUGCUCUGGUGAGCACAACGUACUCGCUUAUGCGAGCGUCGCAUUGGGAGUGGCGCUGGCUGACAACCCCUCUCAAUCCACGCCGCGCCUCUUCAGUUCAUCUCCCAGCUGUAUUACCUUCCGCUGGUCCUCCUUCCCAUCGGCCUCAAGCAUGGUGGUUUGCUUCAGGACAUGACGAUCGUUGGUCUGCUCUACCAGAUCAUCGUCUCCAUCGUCGGAGUGUUCGGCACGGCUGUACUGGUGUUUGCCAGCUUCACGGGAUUUCCAGCUCCGAUCUGGACCUCUUUGGCUCUCGGUACAUCCUUGCGCCUUCUAACCGCUCUACAAGGUCCACUCAAUACCUUCACCGUCAAGUCUCCGACGGGACACAACUUUCCGAAUGAAGCUUGGCUACUUGUCACGGGUAUCGCAACGACUCCUGAUGGACAGCGCAAAGCUUGUCAGGUGCGUUGUAGCACAUUCUUCAGCCGCUGACACGGUGACCCGGCUGAAGCACUUGGUGCGUUUCUCUUUUCCACCGUGCUACAGAGGAUCAGCGACCUCUUCGGCCGUGACGUGGUUGCCAUUGUCAACCGCAGCUACGGCUUGGUUGGAGACUUGCUCGAGUGCCUAAACCAGCGUGACCUGCAGUGAGUACUUUCGGCAUAGAUGCGGCUCCAUGCGCUUGUGUGGAGCGCGCUGAGCUCUGCCUGCGAUCCGGUCUGAAGCUGGCCCAGUCGUGAUGAAAGAUUAGGCUACGAUGUACUCGUCAAAGCUCUCUUGGACCCCAAGAACAAGCGCGUGGUGCUCGUGGGGCACAGUCAAGGUGGUAUUAUGGUUGUCAGUGGCAACACAGCCUCGGGACUGAAAUUUUUGCUUCGCUGACUCAAUUCUCUCCUACCAUCAUGGAAAUAGAGCGCUUGGAUUGUGGGUUGAGCGACGACUUUUGGCAUUGCUGGCUGUGCUGUCAAAACUAACCGCACUCGGCUGAUGACAUCUGACAGGAUCAGCUCUUGGCAGACUACAACCGUUCGAUCCUCUCAAAGGUUGAGAUCUACACUUUUGCGUCUGCUGCCAACCACCUCUCCGCUCCUGUCGAUGCCAACGGUUCGAUGCCAUUUGCCAACAUUGAGCACUUUGCCAACGAAUUUGAUUACGUCUCUCGCAUCGGCGUGCUGGCUUUUACUUCUGACCAACAGAAGCAGCUGCCGGUCGACGGCAAGGCCUCUUACUUGCGCCGCGGACCUCACCCAAAGCUUCACCCUAACACCCCUGGCCGCCAGUCGGACAAGGGGCUGGGUGCGGACCAAGCCUUCGAGAGACCUGUCACAGUGAGUUUGGCUUGUGAGCGUGCCGCCUAGCGGUACCUCUUGACAUUGACUGCGCGCUGCACUCUACCAAUUCAAGAUCGAGAGCCGUUUCGCUGGCCGUCUAUUUGUGCGCCCUCGCACGGGUCAUUUGAUCGUCAGCCACUAGUGAGUCAACGGUGUGGGCUCGGGUUGUGCAAGGCGAUUUUUUUUUCCUUUUUUUUUUUUUUUUGCUCAAACUUUCAACUCACAAAACGAUUCGGGCGUACUGCUUCGACUUUACUAGCCUCGGCAAAGACUCCAUCCUCGACUCUCCCAAUGUCAAGCGAUUCAGUCGCUUGACCCAGUACCGUGACGGUGGCUCGCCAGCCUAG